CGUCAGUUCCCACAUUUGGUUCCUCCAUCAGAAGGAGUGUCCCCUCUACGUCUUGCUGGUCUAGAUCCACUCCACACCGCGGCAGAGCAGAGAGGACAGGGAGCUCCAAGGAUGUUGACCACGCAUCAGGUCAAGAGCGUGCCAACAUUUAGCGGGAAGGAGCGACACGGCCCCCGACUGGAGGACUGGAUCCGGGAUAUGCGGUUCCUCCUUGGAUGCAAGGGAACAGCCCCAGGGAUCCUCCAGUUUCAUGAGGCUGUCAGACACACAGGAGGAAAAGCGAGAGAUGUGCUGCUGAACCUUGAGAGUAGGACACCAGAGGGUCUAGACGCGCAGAAAGCCUUCGUCGAGCUGCUGGAAGAAUACAGGGAAGACAAAAGUGCCCUGUCUCCCGUGGCCAAAUUCUACGCCAGGGUGCAGCGGGGAAACGAAACCCCAAUGGAGUUCGCCAUUGCGUUGGAAUCCACCUUGAGGGAGGUUGAAAAGACGAGGCGGCGCCGGGGACAGAAGUCCGAGGAAGAGAGCCGAGACAAGAUGUUGGCGACACAGUUCAUGGUGGGUUUGAGGAACCUACACUACAAGCAGAGGUUGGCGCCGAUGCAACCGAGGUUUAUGGCCUUCCGGGACGUGCGCCGGGAACUUCACAUUAUUGAUGAAGAGGAGAGACAGGCAGCAGACCUAAGACGACAGCAGACGUCCUUCUCAAUGAGCGAGGUGGCUCAAAGCUUGCCCCAAGUUAAGGCCCUGGGUAAAGACGUAAAGGGGCCGGCCCAACCCGUGAAGGAGGUCGUCCCGGUCCCACUCGGGCCAAACGACCCCAACACUCCGAUAAUCCAGCAACUCAUGACGCAACAACUGGAGGAGAUGAAGGGGAUGCAUCGUGGUCAGAUGGAGGCCUUGGACAGAGUUCUCCAGGAGCAACGCCAACAUGGUCAACGCCUUGCACGACUAGAGGGUGUGCUGUUUUCCAACAUCAGCCCACCCGUCAGCCCCAAUCGGGCAAACCCCCAUAUACUGGAUGUUUCAACUGUGGAGAUCGCCGACAUCUAGCAAGGAAUUGCCCCCAGCUUAACCACAGUGAGCAACCACAGCAGCAGCAGGCCCUGCCACACAUACACACAAUACACAAGGAUCAACGGCCAAGCGGAAGAGAAAAUGAAUGCAAGUUGCCAGCGCAUCAAAGUGCAGAUUUCAUACAUGAACCAAGAGAAAUUUCGAAGGCACUGUCGAUUUUGCCCGUAGGGGAGAAACUCUAAAAGACAGUUCCAUUGGAUACCGACUUGACGCAUACCCACAGUACAAAAUGAUCAACAGCCAAGCGGAAGAGCAAAUGAAUGCAAGUCUCAAGUGUAUCAAAGUGCAGAUUUCAUACCUGUACAUGAAUCAGGAGCUCUUUCUAUGGCACUGUUGAUUUUUCCUCCGAGGGAGAAACUCUAAAAGACUGUGUGGAACUGUCGAGUAGGCUACCACAUGUAUUGAAUGAACCAGAACCUUGACAGUUUUUCAUUGCAUGCUUGUUCUUCUGUUUAAUUUCCCAUGGUUCGAUUGUAUGCACAAACAAAGCAGCACUUGUGUAUUUGACUAAGCAACAGAUUGGUAAGUUACACCAACCACACAAUUAUUUUGUAAUUAGCCUUGGAAUAUAGGGUUCUCUUAAUUCAAUUUAAAAACAUUUUCCCAGAUAGCCUCGGCUUGCCAGGUUCUGAGUUUAAACCACAUAGCUAAAAGUGCUGCAAUUUUCCUAUAAGGAGCCGAAAAGAAUGAUCAUUGCCCUCAUGGAGAAGGUGGGGGAGGGACUUCCUGGUAGUUUCAUCAAGGGCUCCAGGAAGGUCAACCAAAUGGAUCCAAUGCAGACCACAGCAACCCUCCCCUUACAGGAGUUUAAUGCAAUGAAAGGUAAUCGUACCAUCAGAGCGUCUCUUCAUUGUGGCGGGGAACAUUGUCACAGCCAAACGAUCGCUACUUAAACCAAAGAACGUUGGCUUUCUGAUGUGUCUCCCUGAUAAUCUUCCUUGAAUUCCGGCCCGGCUGCGUUUGUAACAGUAACAUUAAUCAAGGCAAAGAGUAAGUAAAUUUGAACAGUUGUUAAUUGAGACUGAGACCGUGUACAUGGAUGAUGGAGAUAUGCGUAGACCUGAUCAGGACACCCGUCAGUAUCCCCUGUAGCUUCGACAGCGUCAUCUAUUCCGUCGCUGGAGGCGAUGUCUGACGAACCACCAGAGGAACCAUCGACUAGGAAGCCAACACUGAAGAGGAAGCUUGCCACGAUCAAGGAACAUGUCUUCCGAGAAGUGUGGGUCGAAGGCAAGUCAGUCAAGCAAGAGAAGCGGCGCACACUCCAAGCGAAGAUAAAUGCCGUUUGGGAGAGAUGGUCAGCAACUAGUUAAUAACAGAAGCUGAGUUCUUAGUGUGCCAAGUUCUUAGUGUGCCAAUGGAAGACAUCAUACAAACAAUGGCAGAACCUCCCAUUAUACAAGUUCAAUUUGCCUGUACAAAUUUGAUGACAACUCCUCAUGACACAUGUGAUCCUGAGACUGCCACAAAGACA